AUGAAAACAAUUCUUCUUGUUAACAUUGCUCUCUUGUUCUGUUUGGGAUUGGUUUUGGCAGAUACCUAUGCUCCUCAACCACCAAAAGAACAUUGCUAUAAUAAGUGUACUCAUUACAAGACUGUUCAAGGUCAAUGUGUUGAUUUUGAAUGGACUGGCACUAAGAAACAAUGCUGUUUGUGGAAGACUGUUGGUCAAGGAAAAUGUGCUGAAUAUAAGAAGAUUUCCAAGUGUGACAAGUACAGUAAGGCAAGAACUCUCUGCUUGGGUCAUGGUUAUAAACAAGUUUGCAACAAGGUAACCAAACACAAGUUGUGUGCCAAAUACGAAUGGAAAGAAGUGUGUAAACAUAACGGAAAGAAUCAUGGUUGUGACAGUUAUGGUUAUCACUUUAUCUGUACCAAGACUGACAAAUCUCAAGGAUGUUCAUUGUAUACCUAUGUUCCAAGAAUCAAACAUCAUUACAAGAGAAGAUGUUCCAAAUAUUCCAUUCAACAAUACUGUGCCAAGUAUAAGAAGAUUUACAAGACUGUUAGAAGAUGGGUUCCAGUCAGUAAGAAACAUUACAAGGGUUGGAUUGAUCAUUAUUACAAGCAAGUUUUGGAAAAGAAGUUCCACACUAUUUGUGUUGCCUAUGCCAAGAAGAAGACUUGUACUGCUCACCAACGUGUCAAAUUCUCAAAGAAGAUUGGUUAUGACAAGAAGUGUGUCAAAUUCUUUGAAAAGAAGUAUUGUAUUGCCAAGAAGAGAGUUAAAUUCUGUGAAAAGUGGUCUCCAAACAAAUUCUGUGAUUUGAAGGAAAGAGUUAGAGUUUGCAUCAAGCACAGAGUUCAAAAAUUCUGUUGUGAUUAUAAGGCUGUUCCAUUCUGUACUCAAUACAAGACAUUGAAACCAAGAUGUAUCAAGAAAUCUCACAAGAAGAUUUGUGUCAAGAAGUCUAAAGGUUAUAAGGUUUGUGCCAAGUAUGAAUUCGUUGGAGGAAAGAAGGUAUGUAAGAAGUAUGCUGAAAGAAGUGUCUGUGCUAAGAAACAAAAGGUCUGUACCAAGAUUGACACUUACAAGAAGGUUGAUACCUAUGCAAAGAAAUAA